AUGGACGAGGACAGGGAUAAUGAUAAUAAUGUUGGUGCUGAUGAAAAUCACGGCAAUGGCGAUGGCGAUAAGAAUGAGGAUGAAGGUAAUGAUGGCAAAGACGUGGAAGCAUUGUUGACUUUUAAGAUCGAAGAUCCAACCGGUAAGUCGCCGGCGUACAAAAAAACCUUAACACACGUCUAUGCUGACGGGGCAGGUGAGAGCAAGGGGUAUUUAAACUUCAUCACCGCGGAAUGUGCCAAUUCACACUAUGUGGGACAUGACGGAUCUCUCACCAUCCAAUGCCGAGUUGAGGUAACCACAAGGUCCUGCACUAGCGGCACCCCAGUAGCCGGCGCUGUGAUACAUGUGCCCGUGCCACCAUUCAACUUGGCACUACACCUCGAGCAGUUGCUAGCGAGCGAGAGCGGCUGGGAUGUCAUGUUCCUCGUCGAGGACAGCGAGAUCCGCGCGCAUGGGCUUGUGGUCGCCACACGGUCACCGGCGUUACACGAGGAGGUGGAAUCGGCUACCGGCAUGGACCAUGUAAAAAUUGAUGCCAUGAGAGCCACUGUUUUCAAGGCCAUACUCCACUUCAUCUACACGGAUGAGCUACCUCGCGUCGAUGACCAUGUCCCUGCUGUCGGCGGUGAUUCCACGAUGAUGGCAGGAGAGAUGUUGGCGGCGGCGUGCCGGUUCCGACUGGAGAGGAUGAAGCGGCUGUGCGAGAACCUGUUAGCGGAGAACAUCACGCCGAAAAACGCGCUGGCCACGCUAAGAAUCGCGGGACGCCACGGUUGCACCGAGCUGGAAGGUCACUGUGUUGAAUACAUGUCCCUGCCACACAUCGCCAAGGACGUGAUGAAAUCUCUCAAGUCCGUCUGUAAGGUGGAAACGUUGGUCGUGAAAACAAACAUGUACUUGUAA